GCUAACCAAGGUUUCCAGGUGCACGGUGUUUCCUCAGACACAUUGGUGUACGGCUGGCUUCCAGGUUGGAUGUGCGUUGUGUUAAGAAGCAGUGCGGCUUGGUUGGGUUAUGUAUCGGAGGAAGCAUGACCUUCAACCUUCAUCUCUCCCGAGCCCGUACGGGAUUUGUAGCAAUAAGACAAGAUAGUAAACAAUUGGAUACCACGAAAUUGGGGAGAAAAAGGGGUAAAAUGUUUUAUUUAUUUUUAAAGUAUGAUUCUCAGAGACUACUAACGACACCUGCCUCUGAUUGAAAACCAUACCAGGCCAAACUCAAAAACACCAUAGAAAAACAAACAUAGACUGCCCACCCCAACUCACGACCUGACCAUACUAAAACAAAGACAAAACAAAGGAACUAAGGUCAAAACGUGACAGGGUCUGGCUCCCAAGUGAAUGGGCCUAUGCCCUCCCAUGGCUGUGCCCCUACCCAGUCAUGGAAAAUCCAUAAAUUAUGGCCUAAAUUAACUAGGCAAGUCAGUUAAGAACAAAUUCUUAUUUACAAUGAUGGCCUAGGAUCAGUGGGUUAACGUCCUUGUUCAGGGGCAGAAUGACAGAUUUGUAUCUUGUCAGCUCAGGGAUUUGAUCUAUCAACCUUUCGGUUACUGGCACAAUGCUCUAAAUACUAGGCUACCUAUCACCCCAAUUGAUUAUAACUCAGAAAAACUUUUUAAAUGUUUGCAUGUUGCCUUUAUAUUUUUGUCUAUCAUGAAAUGCUCUUACUAGCCUGUUCUUCUUUUCACAAGUAGAUGGCGGUAAGGGACUAUAGUAUCGUCAUUUACUGUAAGAAGGUUCAUUUGGCCAGUAGGACUUUCAUCAGAACCAAUUUUUGGACCAAAUGUCAAAAGUGAAUGUGGAAGAGCGACCAUAAGGGUGGAAACACAGCAAAGGAAGGGUUGAAGGUCCAUAAUGUAGUAACUCUUUAAGAAUGGGACAUUAUAAUGAAAUUGCAACAGUUGUGGAAACUGUAGGCCUAUCCUCUCCAAAAAUAAUGAAAUUGCCCCAACACUGAUCGAAGGUCGGUUAUGUUUUUCGGGUUUGCAUUUGGGAUUUUGGAUUUGAGAAGCUGAUCCGAGAUCUGUAGCCUAUCUAUAUGAACUCAACUCAGCAACAUGAGGAAGGAUGAACUAAUGCGCAAUUGUACGCACAUCCCAAUAAGUUUAUUAUGGCGAGGCUCCUUUAAGAGCGCUGAGACACGAAGCAGCUGUUCAUACUAGAAAGUGGAGGAGGAGACCAUAGAAAUGAACGCACUGGGAGGAUGACAGCUUUUAGCCGCUGCUGUAACCCUGAACCUCUGACACCCAUAUGAACCGUCAGCGAGAGGACCACUAACCCAGCCCGCAGGGCGCAUCCUCUAUCCUGAGCAAAAAGCGAGGGGCCGUGGGUGGAGGGUUCCCUAUGAUUUCUCAGUUUUCAUAGACGCUAUUUCUCUAACACCAUGGUGCUGGGCAAGGUGAAAACUUUAGCGGUCUACUUCGACUAUCUGAACGACAACAACGUCCCCGUUUACUCCGGCGGGGAUUCGGUCUCGGGGAGGGUGAUAAUCGAAGUCAUCGGCGAGGUUCGCGUCAAAACGUUGAACAUAACCGCCAGAGGCGUAGCCAAGGUGCGGUGGACCGAGUCCCGGAACGCCGGAGCCAACACUGCCUACACUCAGAAUUACACCGAGGAGGUGGAAUACUUAAACCAUAGCGACACGUUAAUAGGAGAGGAGAGAGAUGAGGACAGUACAGAGGAGACCCUCACUGUUCUCAACACAGGAUUACACGAAUUCGCCUUUAGCUUCCUGCUACCACAGAUGCCCCUGGCCACGUCGUUUGAAGGGAAGCAUGGCAGUGUGAGGUACUGGGUGAGAGCAGAGCUCUACAGACCAUGGCUGCUGCCUUUCAAAGUCAAGAAAGAGUUCACUGUGUUUGAACACAUCGAUAUCAACACACCACUGCUGCUGGCCCCUCAAGCUGGCACUAAGGACAAGACGUUAUGUUGUUGGUUCUGUGCCUCGGGACCCAUCUCACUCAGCGCCAAGAUAGAGAGGAAGGGAUACACGCCAGGUGAGUCCAUCCAGAUCUUUGCAGAGGUGGAGAACUGUUCGUCUAGGGUGGUGGUGCCCAAGGCAGCGCUGAGCCAGACCCAGACCUACUUCGCCAAGGGCAAGGCCAGGCAGCUCCAGCAGCAGAUGGCAGCCCUGCGUGGGGACAACCUACCCCAGGGGAAGAGCCAGAGCUGGGAUGGAAAACUCCUCCACAUACCCCCAGUGUCCCCAUCCAUCCUGGACUGUCCACUUAUCAGAGUGGAGUACUCACUGGUGGUGUAUGUGGACAUCCCUGGGGGGUUGAACCUGUCUCUAUCGUUGCCGUUGGUGAUCGGGACCAUCCCCCUCCAUGCAUUCACCAAUCGAACAAGCAGCAUCAGCAGCUACUGUAGUAGCAUCAGCUGGCCAGAGAGACCUGAGGCUCCCCCCAGCUAUAGUGACUUGGUGGUGACAGAGGAGCAGAGGUGGGGCUGUCUGGAGCGCUGUGAGGGGUCAGAGGUCAACGAAGAGGACCAGGGAACACUGCGCGCUUACAUCACAGAGUUCAGAUACCAGCCCCCGCCGCUCUACUCCGAGGUUGACCCUAACCCAGAGGCGGGCUGUGGAGGUCAGGUGGUCAGUAGACCCGACCUCUGCCCCUCUCGCUGAGCACAACACUGACCUGCUCAGAGCAGACAGGCAUCUACACCUACAGAUGGAUCCAACAUGGCCGCCGCUAUAGUCCCCUACUGGAGCCAGUUACCUACAGAUGGAUCCAACAUGGCCGCCGCUAUAACGUCCUACUGGAGCCAGUCACCUACAGAUGGAUCCAACAUGGCCACCGCUAUAACCCCCUACUGGAGCCAACAUUGCGUCUCAUCCUUAGUUUUCUCGGGUACAUAGAUCAACAGAUGCAGGGAUGUCAGCUCUGAUAGACACUCUGUGGAGAGGCCAGGAGACGCCUCAGUCUGACCAGCAUCACGGUUCUCUGCUGGUCAGAAAGAAUAGAUAGUCCUUAGACCAAUCUUCUGGUACAUAUGACCAUUACGUGGCACAUCUAAGACUAGAAAGGAGAGGAGAAGAAUAAAAUAGAUCAUCCAGUGUUGGACUUUUGGAAACAGUGGUCAGGAUCUCCUCCAGCCUCAGAGUGAAUUUUGCACAUGCCUCUCACUGUUUUUCUACUUAACUUCCAUAGCUUUUCUUCCUCAACUGUCAUAUAUGCUGGAACAUGUCCGUUGUCUUCUCACCACCAUUACUACUUAACUAGAAACAACACCGAUCACAGACACUUUUAGAACAAAGUAACUAAGAAACAAAUGAAAGGAAAUGUUUUUAGAGAGGUGUUAUUGUGUCUUGGGUUUCCUGAAUGGGGAAUGUGGUACAUGGUGAAAUGACUAGUGUGUGUGUUCAGACACUGGUGUAUCUGUGAAGCACUCACUCACUCUCUCUGUCUUUCAGGUGUCUUUCCUCACUAAACCCUCCAUAGAUACAGUACCCUACUAAGCACUUGUUUGAUUGUAGUAUGUGGAGAGUUGACACAGAAAGAAGCUCUGUAUUUACAUAAGAGGCAAAGAAAAAGCCAGAUAUAAAAUAAAAUAAGAAAAAAAUACAUUUGAAAUGUUUACAGGUCAAUUGUCCUUCAAAGUUGAUCUUCACCUCCAAACAAAGUGCAAUAUAUUUUUGUAUUUGUCGUUUUUCUGUUUGUGUAAGUGAUGCCAUUACUGAUCUGAAUGCUAUCAUGAUCUUCCUUUGUUUGAAAUAAAGAAGCCUUUUGUAGAAACUGAA